CGAAUUCUAUAUUUCAAUAUUUCUACAUUUAUUUCCGAUAUUCAAACUUUGUUGAGCUUCAAAGACAAAAACUCCUUGAAUAGUUUGUCUAUGUGAUAUUUGUCUUAAAAUUUAUCAGCCCUUCCCCAAGCCGACCUCAGCUUAAAAAAGGAUAUAUUCAAUAUAUACCUUUUUUGCCUGUACAUCCAAUUUGACCUGUUCUGACUUGAGUUGAAAAGCUGCUACCUGUAAAGAGUUACGCAUAUGCGAACACGUGCGCCAUUGAUAGUCAAAUCCUGAGAGGCUGUUUGCCAAUUUACCUGCGAGUGUUUAAAUUGGGGGCGCCAGGGCAGAGAUUGCAUCAUUUGGCCAGAGACACGCAACGGAAGCACAUCAUGUGGCAGACAGACGCCGACACAGACACACAAAUAUCAAAGUGCGGAGAAAGGAUUAUGGAGUCCAUUGGCUAUGCAGUGUAUAUGCAUCGUCAGGAGUUGGGUCGCCCGAGGCGUUGCCGUCGCCUGAUGCGAAUUGCGAGCACCAAGCUGCGGCUGACAAAUGAGCUGAUCUGGCUGGAGCGUUGCCAAUGGAAGCUGGAGGAGCCCGACUAUCAGCAGUGGACUGCACUAAAUCGUGAGCGCGAAUAUCGAGAUAUAUUGGAGCACAACAUGCAACAGCAGCAGCAGCUGAGGCAGCAGCAGCAGCACAGGCAGCGACAGCUCGACAGGCGCCGAGACGUGCCAGAAUAGAGCGCAGCCCGUUUAAGAUAGAUUAGUUGGUCCCGUCCGGGACUUUAAGCACUUUUAGUUUAAGUCCAAGUUUAAGCGAUAAGCAAUAAAGGCGCAUAAAUCAUCAAAGA